AUGGCGCCCAUGAACCUCUACUCCUUGGUGCUGGUGGUGGUUGCCCUGGUGGUGGCGCCGAUGACCGCCAUGGCCGGCGACCCAGACAUCCUCACCGACUUCAUCCCCCCGGCACCGAUGAACGGCAUGCCGAUGAACGCUACCGGCGACUACUUCACCUACACGGGGCUCGGCCCCGUGCUGCCGCUGCCGACCUUCGCGCUCUCCAAGGCCUCCAUGGCGGAGUUCCCCGCGCUCAACGGGCAGAGCGUGUCGUACGCCAGGCUCGUGUUCCCGACGGCCACCGUGAACCCGACGCACACCCACCCGCGCGCCUCCGAGCUGCUCCUCCUCCUCGACGGCGCCCUCUCCGUCGGCUUCGUCGACACCGCCGGCAAGCUCUACACCAAGGAUCUCGUCGCCGGCGACAUGUUCAUCUUUCCCAAGGGCCUCGUGCACUACCAGUACAACCAGGGGACGACGACCGCCAUCGCGCUCUCGGCGUUCGGCAGCGCCAACGCCGGCACCGUGUCCGUGCCCUUCACCGUGUUCGGCACCGGCGUCGACGACGCCGUGCUCGCCAAGUCGUUCAAGACCGACCUGCCCACCAUCCAGAAGCUCAAGGCAGCGCUCACCCCACCCAAGAAAUAA